GUUCAGCUUCGGACGGAAUUAUUUUGUUUACCUAAUUUUCAAUUUCCCGGUGGUCGACGGUUAAAUAAUUAUAAAUUGAUAGACAUUUAGCCGUUUGUGAUAGACAUAUUAUCAUAAAGAAAGUAGUUUUCAAAAUGCCGAGUGAAAUGAUUACCCUUCAACUCGGCCAGUGCGGCAAUCAGAUUGGUUUCGAAUUUUGGAAGCAGUUGUGCAUUGAACACGGCAUAUCUCCUGAUGGUAUUUUGGAGGAGUUUGCAUCGGCGGGUUCCGAUCGUAAAGAUGUAUUUUUCUAUCAAGCUGAUGACAAUCAUUAUAUCCCUCGUGCUGUGCUUUUGGACUUGGAGCCGCGUGUGAUACACACUAUUCUAAACUCACCGUAUGCUAAGUUAUACAACCAAGAGAAUGUAUAUUUAUCAAAGCAUGGAGGUGGAGCGGGCAACAACUGGGCUUCAGGGUUCGCCCAGGGGGAGAAACUGAACGAGGAAGUGUUUGACAUAAUCAACAGAGAGGCAGACGGUAGUGACAACUUGGAAGGUUUUGUCCUGUGCCACUCUAUAGCUGGAGGCACUGGCUCAGGUAUGGGCUCAUAUAUCUUGGAACACCUCUCGGACAGGUUCCCAAAGAAGCUCGUACAGACAUACAGCGUCUUCCCAAACUUGGAUGAGAUUAGCGACGUGGUGGUGCAGCCGUACAACUCGCUGCUGACGCUGAAGCGGCUGACGGAGAGCGCCGACUGCGUCAUGGUGCUGGACAACACGGCGCUCAACCGCAUCGCCAGCGACCGCCUGCACAUACAGAACCCGUCCUUCGCGCAGAUCAACACGCUCGUCUCCACCAUCAUGAGCGCCAGCACCGCCACACUCAGGUACCCGUCGUACAUGAACAACGACCUGAUCAGCCUGGUGGCGCCGCUCAUCCCCACGCCGCGGCUGCACUUCCUCAUGACGGGCUACACGCCGCUGACGGCCGACCACGAGCUCAACGCUGUGAGUACACAACUGUUCACUGCGCAGGCACCAAAAAUAAGAAAGACCACAGUACUGGACGUGAUGCAGCGAUUGCUGCAGCCCAAGAACAUGAUGGUGUCACUCAGCCCCGACCGAACCAACCAGCACUGUUACAUUUCUAUUCUGAAUAUCAUUCAGGGCGAGGUGGACCCGUCGCAGGUGCACAAGUCGCUGCAACGCAUCCGCGAGCGCAAGCUGGCUUCGUUCAUCCCGUGGGGGCCGGCCUCCAUCCAGGUGGCGCUGUCGCGGCGCUCGCCCUACGUGCACUCGUCGCACAAGGUGUCCGGCCUGCUGCUCGCCAACCACACCAACAUCUCCUCCCUGUUCGACCGGUGCCUGCAGCAGUUCGACAAGCUGCGCAAGCGCGAGGCGUUCCUCGAGGUGUUCCGCAAGGAGCCCAUGUUCAAGGAGUCGCUGGAGGAGUUCGACGAGUCGCGGACCGUGGUGGACGAGCUGGUGCAGGAGUACCAGGCCGCCGCCACGCCCGACUACGUGCACUGGAACCCAGAAAGCAGCUCAAUAUAACAACCAACGGUGACCAGCGUAAAUCAAUCAAGUACAAAUGUUUGAGCACAAACAUGACGCCAGCAAACAAAUACUCCAAAGUUAAAAUAUACUAGUGCCACUAAUUUUUAACUUAAUGUAAUUGGGCUUUUUUUUGGGAAGAUUUUUAAAAAUUCCAGUAGAGGCAGCCCAGUCAGCAACGUCGAAUGUAUUGAGUUAUAAAGAUGUUGUACCUGGUGUAUUUAGGGAUUGAAGAAUUCAUUGAAAAUGGUUAUGAUAAAAAAUCAUUGGAAUUAAUGAGGACUUCAAUAGAGAAAACAAAACAUACCAGUGGCGAAGGUUGGAAUUUUGCCGAAGGAAACUAUGAAAAGGAAUUUCAUACCACGUGAUAUGGUUCUCAUAUAUUCAUUGCAAUAAUGAAUGUGUAUGGAUAUUUAAACGGUAACCGAGCGGAAUCGGCUUGUAUGGACUCUUCGCCGCUGAUAUGUACCCCCCACAAGUGCUGUCCCUACUACUAGUGGAUUUUUUUAAAAGUUUCCCAAGAAAUAGGCGCAUUAAAAAAACUCCUAAAAGGAAUUAGAAUUAUCAUAUCUUAAUAUAGUAUACUUAAGUUUUUGGGUUAAUAUUGCAAAAUUACUCAUUGUAUAAUUUUAACGCCUAAUAACUAGUGUACAUAACUUAUAAGAAAGAAGUUAGAAGGCUUUACAUUCCCUUUAUUGGAUUUGAUAUUUUACUUUAGACUAAGAAAGUCAUUUCAUAGUCAUUAUUACUGUAUACAUGUCCCAUAAUUAUUACUAUACUUAUAAAAGACUCGAAUCUACAAUUUAUGGACAAAAUUGUUAGACACUAGCGGUUUUAUCUGCAUAAUUCUCGGUACCGUUAGUAAGCAAAUGAAAACCAAUAUCAUUUACUCCCUGAUUAUGUACUUUUCAAAUUUGUCCAGUAGAUUUAGAGUUUAUAUAUUACAUACACAAUUACAAGUCUUUGCUCUUAAUAUUAAUGUUGAUUUUUGUUAUCACUAAAGUGUCUACAGUGUGCUUAGUAGGAGUUUUCAAUAUUUUCACAUUGUUACUAUCGCGUUGACGUAAACGCAAAUUUACAUGGAAUUGAAACAGUUGCGCAUUAGCGUCAUUAGAUGGCGCUGUUUCAGUUCCUUAGAAAUUCGCGUUUACGUUAACGCGAUAGUAACAGUAUCAAACUGCCACUAGGCCCUCAGAGUAAUGUAGACGGUUGUCUUUGGAUGUGGUUGUAAAGUGACAGCACGAACGUCGCAAACGCUUUUGUUUAUACUUAAUAUAUUUUUUAAAUUGGAGGCCUCCAAAAAUCACAACAUGGAUUGCUUUUGACACACACUAAAAACACAACAUGGAUGCGUUUGACACACACACAAAAAACACAACAUGGAUGCGUUUGUCCGCCUCUGGUUCGGGUAGGGAGGCCUCCUUUGAAGGUCCUCCAAGAUUUAGAGACCUCAUUAAGGCGGACUGUCUCUUCCGCCCCCCCAGUUAGUCCUUUAGGCCUAGUCCUACCCAUAAAAAAUAUCUGUGUUAUAUUGUAACAUAUACAAUCUCGAGGUUUUGAAUCUCUAUUGUUUACUAAUACCUUUAUUGUGCCAUUUCUUAAAUUAUCUCGAAUUAAUGAUUUACUUAAAUAAGUAUAUAGGUAUAGUUACAGUGGCGUAGCGUGCCUUGGAGCCCUAUAUCAAACUUAGUUGAGGGGCCCAAAUGACAAAAUGAUUUCUCACAAAAUAUAUAAAAAUACUCGCUUAAAAUUAGUAUGAUUGUAAUUUAAUCUAUGUAGAAUGUUAGUAACUUUUGGCCACACGCUUAAACCAGGGAAAAAAAGAUUUUGUGUCAUCUUUAUCAUUAAGGAACUCAUCAAUGUUGUAGUAACCUCGACUAAGUAAAUGUUUUUUAACACAUUGCUUAAAGCUAUGCAUUGGCAGGUCCAUCACAGUCUUGGGGAUCUUAUUAUAGAAGAGUACACCCAAACCUACAAAAGAUUUUUUUACUCUUUGGAGACGAUAUGCAGAAAUAACUAACUUAUGCCCGUGUCUGGUAAGACAUAGGUUUAAGUCUCCUUUUCGUUUGUACAAAUUAAUAUUUUGUCUUACAUAUACUAUACUGUUAUAUAUAUAUAUAUUGACAGGCUACUGUUAAUGUGUUGUUCCUUUGUUCCUUUCGCACGUAAGGGGCCCCAGUAUCCCGGGGGCCCCGUCUCAUUGAUAGGGCUGACACGGCGGUAGCUACGCCCCUGUAGGUAUAGCUACAAUAAUAUUAUGUCGAAACCCGACGUUUAACCUGAUCUACGAUACGAUCUAAUGAUUAACGAAUUUGCCGUUAAGUUGUCUAUAAAUACCUAACGUCUCUAAAUAAUGCUUCCUUCAAUCUGUAAUGUUACCUGUUUUAAUUAAAGUUGGAGCUAAAUUAUAACCAUGUAAGUAUUAUGUAUGUAUUGUUCAAGUUAAAUAUAUUUUUAGUAAGAA